CUCUCUCUCUCUCUCUCGAUCAACAUCUCCUUCGUUUUUCUUUCCCUUUCUUUUCAUUCUCUUUUGGAAUUCAUAUAUCUAUUAUAAAAAAAAAAAAAAAAAAGAGGGAAGAAGAAAGAGAGAGAGAGAGAGAAAGAUGUCGGUAUCGUUUGCAGGAACGACCCAAAAAUGCAAAGCAUGCGAGAAGACGGUGUAUUUGGUAGAUGAGCUGACCGCUGAUAAUCGCGUCUAUCACAAAGCCUGCUUCCGUUGCCAUCACUGCAAAGGCACCCUCAAGCUAAGUAACUAUUCCUCGUUUGAGGGUGUUCUAUACUGCAAGCCUCACUUUGACCAGCUAUUUAAGAUGACUGGCAGCUUGGACAAAAGUUUUGAAGGUGCUCCUAAAGUUGCUAAAGUGGACAGGUCUGUUGAUCAUGAGGGCCAUACCAACAACAGAGUUUCAAGUAUGUUCGCUGGAACUCAAGACAAGUGUGUUGCUUGCAAGAAAACUGUGUACCCUCUUGAGAAGGUAGCAGUCGAUGGCAACUCCUACCACAGGCCUUGUUUCAAAUGUGCUCAUGGAGGCUGUGUAAUCAGCCCGUCAAACUACGUCGCCCAUGAGGGCAGGCUCUACUGCAAGCACCACUCCUCUCAGCUCUUCAAGGAGAAGGGUAAUUUCAGCCAGCUUGCCAAAGACAAACAUGAACACACUAAAGGGGUGACUGAGAACACGGUGUCAGAGUGAUGCAAUCAAGCCUUUGCAUAUUCCUCUUAUCUCGGAGCAUGUGGACCAUCUUUCAGUUUGAUCAUAUAGUGAGUCAGAGACAAAUUUGUAGAAGUAUGUAAGCACAGAGGUAUGGGGCCCACCUAGUAGAUGGACUUGAGCCAGAUCUUCACUUGGAAAAUCUGUGAGUGUGAGAGUUGAAUGAAAUUGAAUAAAAGAGGGUAAAGGGUGGGUUAUGUUGAAAUAAAAGGUGAGGCAAGGUCUUGUGUUUGGGUAAAGGUUGUCUUGGAGUUUGAUAGGUGAGUUUGUUGUUGUUUUAAGGUUACAAAAGGAAGUUGGAGUUUUUCUCUUAGUGACAUUUUAUUCAACUGCCUUUUUUUUAAAAAUGGGUUUAACAUGUUAUUAUGUCUUCAUCAUUUCAUUGCGAACUCUGAUGCAAGUCUUACAAUAAUAGUGUGCAAGCAAAUCCCUUGUGUUUUUA